CAUAAGAGUACCUUUUCCAGCUAACUUUGCAGAUGAAUUUCCACUAUUGGAUUUCUUGAGAGUCAAGAACUUACUCUCAUGUCCAGUCAUGUGUUUGUGUUGAAAAUGUAGCUAGGUCGUAUCCCUUGAUUGGGCCGACCUAGCUUGGUAAAUUUUAAUGUGGCCUUCGGCCUUAAAUUUAAUUGUGUAUGGGCCUAGCCUAUUUGGGAUAUUAUGUAACUUGAAUUAUGGCAGGCCCUAUUUGGGCGAAUUACAUGUGUAACUUGUAAACACAAAAUAGGUCGACCUAUUCAUGUAACUUGUACUUAACCUAGACUUGUUCUUCUUGGCGGGAAAAUCGUCUAGGCCGACCAAGAGGGAAAUUAGAAUGUAUUAUCUCCUAUAUAUUCGAGUUGUUGAGAGCAUAGUUUUAAAACUCGCCACGGACUCGCCACGGACUCGCGAGUCCUUUGGCGCCACGAGUCGACUCGCCUAGGACUCGCGAGGCGAGUCCAGGCGAGUCCCUGCGAAAGACUCGCGGGCCCAGAAAAAGACGCUCGUGAAGGGUUAAAAGUGCAUUUUUUUUCAUUUUUCACUUCGAGUCUUUUGCUCGGACUUGCGAGUCUUUCGCAGGGGCUCGCAGGCCCAGAAAAAGACGCCCGUGAAGGGUUAAAAGAGCAUUUUUUUUUCAUUUUUCACUUCAUUUUCAGUGUUGUUUGGUUUUAGCAGGUUUGUAGGGUUUGAAGGAGUAGAGGGAAGAAGAAAAAAACAGCAAGAGAGAUUUAGGUAAGGAUUUUUUCUCUUUCUUUUUUUUUUUCGUUUGAAUCAUUUCAUUAUUUUGAAACUGAAAAAAAUCUUGAAAAACAAGGGGAUAUGCUACCAAAUUUUUUUCUAUUUUCUUUCCUAAGUUAUUUCCUCAUUUUUUUUUCUUCUUUUUGAAUGCUAUUUUUCCCAAAUGAUUCAUUGUCAUUUUUUUUGUUGAUUUUCCAUAAAACCCUGCUGAUUUUUUUUUUUUUCAUGUUGAAUCAGCAAUGGCAAGUUCAACUCCAAGGGCAACCCCAAGGUCAGGAAGACAAAGAGAUAAAGCAUGGAAAUAUGGGAUUGCAGGAAGCAAAAAGGGGGAGGUCACUUGCACCGAAUGUACAAAAUGGAUGACUGGUGGAAUCAAUAGAUUAAAAUACCACCUUGCACAAAUACCUGGAUAUGGUGUGGAGGCAUGCCCCAAAUCAACUCCUGAAAUUAUUAGAGAGAUGAAGGCCAUUCUUGCUGAGAAUGAUAUGCAUAAGGAAGAAAGGCAAAAAAUAAGAGAAGCCAUGGCCGCUGCAAUGAAUCCCACAUUGUCCACUUCGGGUUCCAUUGGUCACAGUUGGGGUCGUCAGUCACUUUCAUCUUUUGGUGACAAUGAGGGUGAGGCUAGUGGCACUCCUGUUAGAUCAGACCCUAAUUUUUUUGUACCACGCAAUGUUCCAGGUGCACAACCUUCACUUGAAUGUAUAGGAUGGAAUAGAGAGAAGCAUGAACAAGCACGGAUAGCAGUUUCAAACUUUUGGUUUUACAAUAAUCUAUCUUUCAAUGCAGCAAACAAUGUGUAUUGGGAAAGUUUUGUUAAUGCAUGUACAGUUGCGGGUAAGGGGUUUAAGGCCCCAGCAGGUCAUGACUUCAGUGGGCCAUUGCUAGAGAAAGCUGUGCAAAAUACACAAGGUGUGGUUGAUGAUCAGAAAAGGUAUUGGAAGAGAAAAGGAUGCAGCAUUUUAUCUGAUGGAUGGACAGAUGGACGGAAUAGGACUCUUCUCAACUUCUUGGUGGCUUCAAAUGGUGCAAUGGUAUUCAUAAAGUCUGUUGAUGCCUCAAAUGAAAUAAAAAAUGCAGAGACUUUGUGUAAUCUAUUGGAUGGUGUGGUUCGGGAAGUUGGAGUUGAGAAUGUUGUCCAAAUUAUCACGGACAACGCAGCUGCAUAUGUAUCUGCAGGUAGAAUGCUUAUGGAGAGGCAUCCUUCGAUUACAUGGAGUCCUUGUGCUGCACAUUGCUUGGACUUGGUGCUAGAGGACAUUGGGAAGAUUGGAUGGGUGAAGAAGGUGGUUGAAGAUGCAAAAAGUGUCACCAAAUUCAUCUACAACCAUACUUGGGUGCUUGCUUUGAUGAGAAAACACACAAAUGGCAAGGACCUUGUGCGACCUGGAGUGACACGAUUUGCUAGCCACUUCAUCACUUUGCAGAGCAUUGUUAGUGCCAUUCCUCAUCUUAAGCAGAUGUUUGUGUCAGAUGCUUGGUUGGGGUCUGCAUACUCCAAAAGACCUGAAGCAGAGAAGAUUGUGAGCAUUGUUUUUGAUGAAGGGUUCAAUAAAAGUGGAGAGGAGUUGACUGCGGUGACAGAACCUUUGGUGAGGGUUCUUCGUAUGGUGGAUGGAGAGGGCAUGCCAAUGGGUUUCAUUUAUGAGGCCAUGGAUAGGGCCAAAGAGGCCAUUUCACAUUACUAUCGUGGAAAUACAAGAAAAUGUGAAAUCCUUUGGCGCAUCAUUGAUCGUAGGUGGACAAACCAACUCCACCAACCGAUACAUGCCUUCGCCUACUUUUUGAACCCGAAAUUCUACUUCUCUGAUUCAUUUGGGGCUGAUGAGGAUGUCAUGGCAGGUGUUAUUACAUGCAUUGAUAAGAUGACACCUGAUCCUGAGUUGAGAGACAAGGUUCUUGAUGAGUUGGAGAUCUACAAAAGUGCAGAGGGGAGACUCUUCUCAUCACAACUAGCAAUUGAUAGGAGAGGAAAACAACAACCAGAUUUAUGGUGCUGGCAUGCCUAAUCUUCAAAAGAUAGCUAUCCGUGUUUUGUCUCAGCCAUGCAGUGCUUCUGGGUGUGAACGAAAUUGGAGUGUCUUUGAGAGCAUUCACACAAAGAAGAGAAAUAGAUUGUCACAAAAGCGGCUCAAUGAUCUAGUAUUUGUUCGGUACAACCUUCGCCUUCGAGUUAGACAGGUGGAGGGUGUUUCACAUGAGGCCAUUGACUUGGAUGAAAUUGAUCCAUAUGGUGAUUGGACCAUGAACGAACAAAAUGAUGGUGACGAUGUCCUUACCGAAGAAGAAAUUGCAGAAAUAGAGAGAGAAUCAGCACAAGAUGCAGAAGGAGCAAGAUUGGAUGAAAUGGAGGAUGAAGAUGAGGACAAAGAUGAGGAUGAUGAUGAGGACUUUGACUUUGAAGAAGAAUCAUCUCACCAUUUAGAUACCACUACACCCACUGCUACUACUUCUAGCUCAAGGCUUGAAAAAUUGAGCUAUAUUAGGAAAAAUACAAAGAGGAAGAUGUAGUCUUCUCUUUGGUUUGUUCAUUCACAUUGUUGUUUUUCACAUUUGGAGUUGGAGUUGGACAUAUCAUUAUAUGUAAUUUUGUGAACAUUUAUAUACUUAUGCUGCCAUUAUACAUUUUAGAGUUGAAACUUGAAACUUGAAUAUGCUGCAAAACUUGAAUAUGCUGCCAUGAAUGAUGAAAUUUCAAAUAUUGCGUGUUUGUAGAUCAUAUGACAUGUGUAAUGUUUCAAUUAUGGCACUUAUGUUCUCUAAAUGCAUUAAUUUCUUUAUGUUUUUUUUUGUAAAACU